CUAAAAUACUAAAAGUCUCAAGAUUUGGGGAGCAAAGGUACGCCUCUUCCCCUGCAUCAAAGGUACGCCUCUUUUCCUUUAACUUUGAUGAACUAUUAUCCACUAACUCUUUUGUUUUUAUGGAUGAAUUACAAGAUUUGAGUGUCUUACAAAAUAAAAUAUUCUAGUUUCGUUUUAUGUUGAGAAUUUAAUAUUCUUUUUUUGUGUGUGUGUGGGGAAGGGAAUAUUAUUAUUAAUGUUAGAGAAAUAUUACAUGAGUACUAGUGCCGUUUGCGCUAUGGUUAUCUUUAUUUUAAGAAAAACUUAUGAUCAUUAUACUAAUUUAGUUGUUUCAUUCAGUUUAUUUUUAAUAUUAAAAAUUAUAGUUUGAUAAAAUUGCAUAUUGAAUUUCUACUUAAUUAUAAAUAGUUAUAAAUCUUGCUUCAAUUACUGAUAUGGAAAUAGUUUGGGACUUGGUGAAUCGUAAGCAGCCUUUUUUGUGGGUUCGACCGGUUCCAUUACUGAAAAUGAUCGAAAAAAAGGUUACGUUGUGGAAUGGGCACAACAAGAGAAGUACUAAAAUAUUCUGCACUUGGAGCCAAUGUGGUUUGAUUCUACACUGAGAGCAUUUGUGAAGGGGUUCCCUUGAUAAGUAGAACUUGAGCUUCUACUUAAUCUCAGAGAACUACCAUUUGCUUUUAUACUUAUUAUACGAAAUAUAUUGAAGUCUUACAAAUACUUGUUUAUAAUCAGACAUGGAUAGAAACGGUCUUCGAAAAAGAAAUAAUCGAUUGACUGAUGAUCAUGAGACAGAACCUCCGAAAAGUUCCAAGAAGGCAUUUGUUACAGAAGAUUUAACCACACAACAUAUAGAAGAAGUUGUUUAUUCGGGAAACAUGAAUAUGGCAAGAGAGUUGGAAUUUAGCUUCCAUUAUGGUGGCCAUUUUAUAUUUUCUCCUUCUAGAAAAUAUGUAAGUGGGCAGUUGGUGAAAGCAAGCAUUGAUAUUGAUUUCAUAGCUUUCUUUGAUAUGCUGGAUGAAAUGAAAAAGCUUUGUAACUUCAAUAUUCUUGAGGGAGAUAAAUUUGUUUAUUUGAGAUGUGAUAGAGUUAUCAGUGAUUGUGAUGGAUUAGUGGAAUGUCGUGAUGAUUUAGAUGUUAAGAAUAUGCUUCUAAGUUAUGAGAGGCAUAAGGAUAAGUCAAUUGAUAUUUAUACCCUUAGAAAAAACGAUAUUUUUAUUAGUUCUUUUCUCGGAGAAAAUAGUUCUAGGGAGAACUCGUCUGAACAAGUGAGUGAAACAGUUAUGGAAGAACAUGAAUCAGCAAAUUCAAUAGGUACUAACGUUGUGAAAAGAAAAACUAGAGGGCCUACACGAUGCAUGAAGAUAAUCAAUUUAUAGGAAGGACAAAAAUUGGUCGUUCAAUUUGAUGAGGAUCAUCAAGCUGUUGGCGAGAAUGCAACCGAUUUUACUUGGUUUUUGGGUCAAACAGUUAGAAGCCGAACUUGUUGCCCAUUAAAAGUAAAUGGUUGGAAAGAAAUAGAGCAAGGCAAGAUCGACCACAUGUGGGACAUUAUCUUGGAAAAGUUUAAUUUUGAUGUCUCCGAGGGAAGAAAAGGUGCAAUUCUUGGUCAUAUGAGUGACCUCUACAGAGACUAUAGGCACAAGUUGAAAAAUAAGUAUUUUGAUUCAAAAGCAACUUAUCAACUUCGCUUACAGAACAAGCCUAAACUUCUCACUGUAAAUGAAUGGAAAUAUUUGGUCAACCUUUGGAGCAGUGAUGACUUUCAGAAGAAAAGCACGCAAAACAAGACAAAUAGAUCGAAACGUUCCUUGCCUCCAUAUAGUGGGACCAAAAAUUAUGCAAGACUUAGAUAUGAAAUGGAGAAAAAAAAUGGAAAAGCUCCAUCGCGUGUUGAAGUUUUUUUGGAAUCUCGCAAGAGAAAAAAAGGAAAACAAGUUGAUGCUUUCCAACAAGAUGUCAUUGUUCAAUUUGACCAAUUAAAAGAGCAACAAAAAGGAGAAAUUUCUUUAAAUGAUGAUGAUAUCUUUGAAAAAGUACUUGGGGCAGAAAAACAUGGAUAUCUUCGAGCAUAUGGUCCCGAAAAGAAUAUCAGUGAGUAUUUUGGAGGUAGACCAACAAAGAUACAACUUAUAAAGCAAAUAGAAUUGACCAGAAAAGAAGCAAAUGAACGUGUGGAAGAAAUUAAAAGGGAGGCUAAGAAACAAGUCGAAGAAGUUAAAAGGGAAGCUGAUGAAAAAGUUGAAGAAAUCAAGAAAGACACUGAUAAUAAGCUAGUGGAGAUGGAAAAACGAUGGGAAAAAAAAUUUCAAAUAAUGCUUGAUGCUCGAAAUCGGCGGCCAAAUGAUGCAAAUCAGAUCGUUAUGGAGUAGUGAUGGAAGUAUCAAGAUUGAGGGGGAGAUGAAUAAUUAUUAUUUCUUUUGUAAAAGCGUACUGAUAUGUUUGAAUAACGUAAUAUUUCACUGUUUUGAAUGAUA